AUGCCUUGGAGAGCCGGCAGAUGUUUGGCGUGGGAUGUUACGGUCCCUGGCACCCUCGCCGAACGAUACGUAAACCUGACAAGUAAAGAAUGCGGUUUGGCCGCGGCCAGGGCAGCGGACGAGAAAAUGAAAAAAUAUGGGAACGCCCUCCCCUCGAUGGAAUUCUUGCCAAUAUGCAUCGAGGUUCUUGGCCCGAUGGACCCCAACACCCUUAAAUUCCUUAAUGAAAUAUGCAAAAUGAUCAGCGUAAGAUCAGGCGACAGCAGGGAACUGUUUUUCGCAACUAACCACAUUUCGUGCUUGUUGCAGCGGUUCCUGCGUGUCUGUGUGUUUGAAAAUAUCCAGCUGAAUGCCGACAUGUGCAAUUAA